ACGACACCACCAGGAACAACUCUUCCCGCCUGCAAAACGACGCGCAAACAGCUUGCGCAUUCUCAUUGACAUUGCGAAUACAUUUCGCAAGCUCCUCUACCUUCUACAAUACACAAAACUCUAAGCAAUGGCUUUCACACCUAGAGGAGGACGUGGUGGCUUCGGCGACCGUGGAGGACGUGGCGGUGGUGACCGUGGCGGUCGCGGUGGAUUUACUCCCCGUGGCGGACGUGGUGGCUUCGGCGGCGACCGUGGAGGACGCGGCGGUGGUCGCGGUGGCUUCGGCGACCGCGGCGGACGAGGAGGAGGUCGUGGUGCGCCCCGCGGUGGACGUGGUGCUCCCCGCGGUGGAGCUCGUGGCGGACGUGGAGGUGCUCGCGGUGGAGCCAAGGUCAUCGUUGAGCCCCAUCGCCACGCCGGUGUCUUCGUCGCCCGCGGAAAGGAGGAUCUCCUCGUCACCAAGAACUUGACCCCCGGCGAGAGCGUCUACGGCGAGAAGCGCAUCAGCGUCGGUGCCUCUGCCAACGCAGCAGAUGGCGACGACUCCACACCCAGCAGCAUCGAAUACCGCGUCUGGAACCCCUUCCGAAGUAAGCUGGCAGCCGGUAUCCUCGGUGGUGUCGACAACAUCUACAUGGGCCCUGGCAGCAAGGUCCUGUACCUUGGUGCCGCCUCCGGUACCAGUGUUUCCCACGUUGCUGAUAUCGUCGGACCUGAGGGAACCGUCUUUGCCGUUGAGUUCUCGCACCGCUCCGGACGUGAUCUGAUCAACAUGGCCACCCACCGCACAAACGUCAUCCCCAUCGUCGAGGAUGCGCGUCACCCUCUCAAGUACCGCAUGCUUGUCGGCAUGGUUGACUGCAUCUUUGCCGAUGUUGCGCAACCCGAUCAGGCCCGUAUUGUCGGUCUGAAUGCCGGUCUCUUCCUCAAGGUUGGCGGUGGUAUUGUCAUCUCCAUCAAGGCCAACUGUAUCGACUCGACCGCUGCCCCCGAAGCCGUCUUCGCACAAGAAGUCACCAAGCUAAGGGAAAUGGGCAUCAAGCCCAAGGAGCAGCUGACGCUUGAGCCCUUCGAGCGUGACCACGCCAUGGUCGUUGGUGUAUACGAGCGUGCGAAAUAGACGCGUUUUGUUGAAUUGGAAAUUUCACGAUGCAUGGGAACGCGUAUCAUAUACCUGUACUUUCGAACCAUGGGGACAUUUGGCGUUUUCCGGCGCCUGGUGGUCAUCGGUAUUACUUGUUUUGAAUCGAUUUGAUAAAAGAUGAUCAAUGCUAUUUCCUCGCUACUGUAUAAUCA